AUGUAUGGAUUUCUUGAUACCUACACCAAUUGGGUAUAUCAUGGGGAGACUCGUGUUUGCAUUUAUGAAGAAGAUGAUGACUUUCUCGAGGACGAGGGAGACGAUAUAUAUGGUAUGGUUAAUGAUGCUUUUGGUCUUAUGGAGGAAAAUGACGGUCUUGCAUAUUCUGAGGAGAUUAAUAAUAUUGAGCUUGAUAAGGAAACUAAGGCCUUUUUUAAACUAUUACAAAAUGUCAAACAAAAGUUAUAUCCUGGAUGCGAGUUCACGUUAUUGCCCUUCAUACUUCGGUUAUUGCGGGUGAAGUCUACUUACCGUUGGAGUAAUAAGUCAUUUUCAGUGCUAUUAGAGAUCUUAAAAGUGGCUUUACCUCAUAGUGUUGCAUUUUCGGGUUCGUAUUGGGAAACAUGGAAGAUAAUUAAAAGGUUUGGUUUGGAUUAUAAGAAACUUCAUGUAUGCCCUAAUGAUUGUAUGUUGUAUUGGAAAGAAACAGAAAAUGAGACAAGGUGCAGUAAAUGUCAAAUGCCAAGGUAUAAAGUUUGUGAUGGUGAAGAUCUAACGCCUAAAGAUUCCAAACUUGGACUAGCGACCGAAGGAUUUAAUCAUUUCAAGUCCAUGAGUGUUUCUCACAGCACGUGGCUCGUAAUACUUGUUCCAUACUAUUUGCCACCGGGGAUGUGCAUGAGCAAGUCGAGUAUCAUGUUAUGUUUAUUAAUUGAUGGUCCUAUUGCCCCUGGCAAUGAUAUUGAUAUUUUUCUACGACCUCUUAUGGAAUAUUUAAAAGAGAUGUGGAGUCCAGGAGUGCCGACAUAUGAUGCAACCAGCAAACAAAUGUUCAACAUACGAGCUGCACUUAUAUGGACAAUCUCCGAGCUUCCUGGUUAUAGUAAUUUAUCUGGCUGGAAUGUGAAAACUGAAUAUGGUUUCCCGUGUUGUUGUCUCGACACCCACUCGAAAUGGUUGAAAUAUGGCAGAAAAUAUUGUUUUAGGGGUCAUCGUAGAUUCUUGGAUGAAAAUCACAAGUUUAGAGAUGAUUCAAUAUCAUUUGAUGGCAAUGUAGAAUAUGGCUAUAAGCCCACUCGAGCCUAUGAAAAUGAUUUGAUUAAUGAGUUGAAUGAUGUUGCCACCAUGUAUGGUAAGAGAAUAUAUUUACCACUGAAAAUAGGGAAGCUCGAUGGCACCUCAAGACAACAUAAUUGGAAAAAGAAAAGUAUUAUCUUCGAGCUACCUUAUUGGAAAGACAAUUUGAUUCGUCGCAACCUUGAUAUAAUGCAUAUUGAGAAGAAUGUUUGUGAUAAUAUUAUGUGGACGGUUUUGGGCAUCAAAGGAAAAUCAAAAGAUAAUUUGAAUGCUCGUCUAGAUCUUCAAGAUUUGGAAAUCAGAAAUGCGCUUCAUCCACAACUACAUGGCAAUGGGAAGGCUUAUUUGCCUUAUGCAAGUUUUUCCAUGAGUAAGAAAGAUAAAGAUAUGUUAUGCAAAAUAAUAAGGGACGUGAAAGUGGCUGAUGGAUUUGCAUCAAACAUUUCAAGAUGUGUAAGAAAAAAAAGCAAAGUUUUGAUUGAGUUAGGCAAUAACUUUAGGCAAUUGUACCCCAAAGUAAGUCGUGUGAGUGAUUUUGAAGCACUAGAGCAGAGCAUAGCAUUAACUCUUUGCCACCUGGAAAGAAUUUUUCCUCCGGCAUUCUUUGAUUUGAUGGAGCAUCUACCAAUUCAUCUAGCUGAGGAAGCUAAGUUGGCUGGAUCAGUUCAAUAUCGCUCGAUGUUUCCAAUUGAGAGGUACUUAUGUACACUUAAGAACUAUGUCCGCACAAGAAGCCGCCCAGAAGGCUCGAUUGCCGAAGGAUACUUAGUUGAAGAAUGUAUGAACUUUUGCUCUCGGUACUUGGGUGAUGUGGAGUCAAUAGGUGAUAGUUCUAGGAGAAAUUAUGAAGGUUUUGAGAAUAUUUGCAAAGGAGAAGGUCGUGUUAUCGGAGGAACAUAA